AUGGUCGACGACGGCGCCCUGGCCGCCGCAGCGGCCUUCAUACAAUCUCUAGCUAUUGACGGCAAUCACCACGACCCCCUCCCAUCCGACUAUGAGUACGACUUCAAACUCCCCGGGCGCGAUACGCCAGGCAAGCGUGCUCUCGAGCAAGAACUUGCCAAGGUCGCUAUCAGGAUUCACCAGCUCGAAAACCGAACCCACCCCGUUUCCGCAUUUCCCGAAACCCCAAACGAGACUUCCGACUCGGUUUUUGGCGACGAUUCAGGAUCCUCUUUGUCAACGAAUAGUCGGCCAUCCUCCAAGGAGAAGCCAGUUAACUGCAAACAAGGCUUGCAAGGCUUGCAAGCGCAUGUCAAGGACCAGUCCAAAUUGAUACUUCACCAACGGCAAGAACUCGACGGCAUAGAUGCCAAAUUAUCCGAGCAGAGACAAAUGACCGAAAAGGCAAUCGCUGCCAUCGAGCGAGAGCGCGUCGCAGCACUCGAACGCGAGCUUUGGAAACAUCAGAAGGCGAAUGAGGCUUUCCAAAAGGCACUUCGAGAGAUUGGUGAAAUCGUAACCGCUGUAGCGCGUGGCGAUCUCUCCAAGAAGGUUCGCAUGAACUCUGUUGAGAUGGACCCCGAGAUUACCACCUUCAAACGCACCAUCAAUACCAUGAUGGACCAGCUGCAAGUUUUCGCUAGCGAAGUCUCCAGGGUUGCCCGAGAGGUCGGAACCGAAGGGUUGCUCGGCGGUCAGGCUCGCAUCGACGGUGUUGACGGAACUUGGAAAGAGCUGACGGAUAACGUCAACGUCAUGGCCCAGAACCUCACGGAUCAAGUGCGCGAAAUUGCAUCGGUUACCACGGCUGUCGCCCACGGUGACCUCACGAAGAAGAUCGAACGUCCGGCAAAGGGCGAGAUCCUCCAACUGCAACAGACUAUUAACACCAUGGUAGACCAACUUAGAACAUUCGCUGCUGAAGUGACUCGCGUUGCCCGUGAUGUCGGUACCGAGGGUAUCCUUGGAGGCCAAGCGGACGUCGAGGGUGUCAAGGGCAUGUGGAAUGAUCUCACCGUCAAUGUCAACGCCAUGGCCAACAACCUGACUACCCAAGUACGAGAUAUCAUCAAUGUCACGACGGCCGUCGCUAAGGGCGACUUGACCCAGAAGGUGCAGGCCGACUGCCGGGGCGAAAUCCUCGAACUCAAAUCAACCAUCAAUUCAAUGGUAGACCAGCUCCAACAGUUUGCACGCGAAGUCACAAAGAUUGCAAGAGAGGUCGGCACUGAGGGCCGGCUUGGUGGACAGGCGACCGUCCACGAUGUUGAGGGAACCUGGCGAGACCUCACCGAAAAUGUGAACGGCAUGGCUAUGAACCUUACAACACAAGUGCGUGAAAUUGCCAAUGUCACGUCCGCCGUUGCCAAGGGCGAUCUCUCGAAAAAGAUUUCAGUUCCAGUAAAGGGAGAGAUUCUUGAUCUCAAGAAUACCAUUAACACCAUGGUGGAUCGCCUUGGUACCUUUGCCUUUGAGGUGAGCAAGGUCGCCAGGGAAGUCGGCACAGACGGUACGCUUGGCGGCCAGGCCCAAGUCGCAAACGUUGAAGGCAAAUGGAAGGACCUCACGGAGAAUGUCAACACAAUGGCCUCCAACUUGACGGUUCAGGUCCGAAGCAUUUCCGAGGUCACACAAGCCAUUGCCAAUGGUGAUAUGAGCCGCAAGAUCAAGGUCGAGGCCAAGGGAGAAAUACUAGUACUCAAACAGACGAUCAAUGACAUGGUUGAUCGCCUCUCCAACUUCUGCAACGAGGUGCAAAGGGUUGCCAAGGAUGUCGGAGUGGACGGUAAGAUGGGCGCCCAAGCGAAUAUAGUCGGCCUAGAGGGGCGUUGGAAGGAGAUCACUACCGACGUGAACACUAUGGCGAGCAAUCUGACAACCCAAGUGCGUGCCUUCUCCGACAUCACAAAUCUAGCCACCGAUGGCGAUUUCACCAAACUCGUGGAUGUUGAAGCAUCUGGAGAAAUGGAUGAGCUGAAACGGAAAAUCAACCUCAUGGUUUCGAACCUCCGGGACAGUAUCCACCGUAACACCCAAGCUAGGGAAGCCGCCGAGCUUGCCAACAAGACAAAAUCCGAGUUCCUGGCGAACAUGUCCCACGAGAUUCGAACUCCGAUGAAUGGCAUCAUCGGCAUGACUCAACUGACCCUGGAUACCGAUCUCACGCAGUAUCAACGAGAGAUGCUGAAUAUCGUCCAUAACCUGGCCAAUAGUUUACUGACAAUCAUCGAUGACAUUUUGGAUCUUUCCAAGAUUGAAGCGCGGAGGAUGGUGCUAGAAGAGAUUCCCUUCACCCUCCGCGGCACGGUUUUCAACGCCUUAAAAACACUCGCCGUCAAAGCCAACGAGAAGGUCCUGGAUCUCACUUAUAAAGUAGACAGCUCCGUUCCGGACCACUUGAUUGGUGACUCCUUCCGUCUCCGUCAAGUCAUUCUCAACCUUGUUGGAAAUGCCAUCAAGUUCACCGAAAAUGGCGAGGUCAGCCUAACAAUCAAGAAAUUCGGCGCGGACACCACCGAGGGCGAGUACACAAUUGAGUUCGUCGUGACAGACACUGGCAUUGGCAUUGCCCCCGAUAAGUUGGACCUCAUUUUCGAUACCUUCCAGCAAGCUGAUGGCUCCAUGACGCGCAAGUUUGGCGGCACUGGUCUUGGUCUCUCUAUUUCGAAACGCCUGGUCAACCUCAUGGGCGGCGACCUAUGGGUAAACAGCAAGUUCGGCACUGGUAGCGAGUUCCACUUUACCUGCCGAGUCAGGGUGGCCCCCGAGGACGUCGUUCCAAGAAUGGACUUCAGCCAGUACAGAGGACACCAGGUCCUUUUCAUUGACAAGGCGCAAACCAACUUCGGGCCUAGGAUCAAGACUAUGCUUGAAGAGAUGGAGCUGGUGCCUAUCGUGGUGAAGUCGGAGGAGAGCAAGUCAAUUGCCUCGCUUAAGGACCAGUCGAACUUGCCAUAUGACGUGAUCCUAGUCGACUCGAUUGAGACAGCUCGUCUUUUGAGGGCGGUUGACGACUUCAAGUACUUGCCCAUCGUUCUCCUUGCGCCCAUCGUACACGUCAGCUUGAAAUCGUGUUUGGACCUUGGAAUUACCUCGUACAUGACGACUCCAUGCACGACAACGGAUCUAGGCAACGCCAUGGUCCCUGCCCUGGAGAAUCGGGCCACUCCUUCGCUCGCAGACACUACCAAGUCGUUUGAGAUUUUGCUAGCCGAGGAUAACACCGUUAACCAGCGUCUCGCGGUCAAGAUUUUGGAGAACUACCACCAUGUCGUUACUGUGGUGGGCAACGGUCUUGAAGCUGUCGAGGCCAUCAAAGUCAAGAGGUUUGAUGUCAUCCUCAUGGAUGUUCAGAUGCCUAUCAUGGGCGGAUUUGAAGCGACGGAGAAGAUCCGAGAGUACGAAAAACAGCGCGGCGACUACCGCACUCCCAUUAUCGCCUUGACGGCGCAUGCUAUGAUGGGUGACCGCGAAAAGUGCAUCCAGGCGCAGAUGGACGAAUACCUUUCGAAGCCUCUCCAGCCAAACCACUUGAUCCAAACCAUUUUCAAGUGUGCCACCCUUGGCUGUGAGCUUCUGGAAAAGAAUCGAGAGCGUGAGCUGAACCGCCAAGUUGAGACAGUGGAGGCGGCGAAGCAAGCAGGUCUUCCGCACCGUCCCGCUCUCGAGUCUCGAGCUUUUACUUCGACUGAGACUCUCAGUAAAGGACCCGCGGCAGCUGCAGCCCCUUCCGAUGAUGCCUUGACUAGGCACUUCAUGAGGUCCCACAGCAGGUGA